GGAUACUGGGACAGCUGGCCUGGGAGUGCUGGGGAUACUGGGACAGCUGAGCCUGGGAGUGCUGGGGAUACUGGGACAGCUGGCCUGGGAGUGCUGGGGAUACUGGGACAGCUGAGCCUGGGAGUGCUGGGAGUGCUGGGGAUACUGGGACAGCUGAGCCUGGGAGAGCUGGGAGUGCUGGGGAUACUGGGACAGCUGAGCCUUCCUCAUCAGGAGUCUCAGAAGAUCUUCAAAGCAAAUAACCAGAUGGACACCGAGGUCCUGAAAGCAAAGCUGCUGGGUCUGGGCACGGCUCUGCUGGAGAAUGUGGAUCCAAACCCGGAGAACUUUGUGUGUGCCGGCGUGAUUCAGACCAAAUCGGCACAGGUGGGCUGCCUGCUGAGACUGGAGCCCAACGCACAGGCGCAGAUGUAUCGCUUGACUCUUCGCAGUAGUAAGGAAAUCGUCUCGAAGCGACUCUGCGAGCUGCUGGCAGAACAGUUCUAGAGCAGCGGGGAUCCUUCUAGAACGAGAAGGAGGGGUUCUAGAACGUCUACACAAGAAGGGACCAGUCUGGAGCGGCUGUAGAGGGCGCUGGUGGGGAGGGAGGUUCUGCAGCGGUUCUAGACAGUGCUGAAGGGAUUGCUCUCGCGUCAGGAUCUCUGACCUGCAUGCCUGUCUGUUUAAUCACUCACUCAUAUUAAUAGUAAUAAUGAUAAGAAUGGAAACGAUGAAACCGUCUGUCUGUAUCAAUCCUGCCGCUUGUCUGUGAUUGUGUCAGUGUUGUAGCGUGUCCGCGUGCGUGUGUGACGCGUGUGUGACACGUAUGUGAAGCGUGUGUGCCGUGACUCUCCGGACCCCCCCCCCCCCCGACGCACUGUUUUGACGUCGAUCUUUCAUUCCAUCUGUCUGAGAUAUUACAUCAUGAAACCAGUCCAGCGCCCCGCAUUCCAGUAUAGAACAGGGGGCUCCCAGUACACCAGUCCAGCGCCCCGCAUUCCAGUAUAGAACAGGGGGCUCCCAGUACACCAGUCCAGCGCCCCGCAUUCCAGUAUAGAACAGGGGGCUCCCAGUACACCAGUCCAGCGCCCCGCAUUCCAGUAUAGAACAGGGGGCUCCCAGUACACCAGUCCAGCGCCCCGCAUUCCAGUAUAGAACAGGGGGCUCCCAGUACACCAGUCCAGCGCCCCGCAUUCCAGUAUAGAACAGGGGGCUCCCAGUACACCAGUCCAGCGCCCCGCAUUCCAGUAUAGAACAGGGGGCUCCCAGUACACCAGUCCAGCGCCCCGCAUUCCAGUAUAGAACAGGGGGCUCCCAGUACACCAGUCCAGCGCCCCGCAUUCCAGUAUAGAACAGGGGGCUCCCAGUACACCAGUCCAGCGCCCCGCAUUCCAGUAUAGAACAGGGGGCUCCCAGUACACCAGUCCAGCGCCCCGCUUUCCAGUAUAGAACAGGGGGCUCCCAGUACAGUGUCCUCUCCUCUCUCUCUCUCUCUCUCUCAGACACUAAUCACUAACAGGACGUUUCUGGAACCCUCAAACUGGCUCAGUUCUAGUAUAAAUAUAAAUAUCUGUGUGUGUGUGUGUGUGUGUGUGUGCGUUCUGUUAAGAGUGUGUGAGAUGGUAGAGUAUUUUUAACUGUUAUAACUAUGCGGUUGUUUUAUUUCGAUUGAUAUAUAUAUAUAUAUAUGUUGUUGUGUUGCAUUUGUUUUUUUUUAAGUUAGGGAGUGAAGUUCGGAAGGGAUGGGGGGGUCGGGGGUCAGGGGUCAGGGGUCAUUCUGAAUCGGACUCCCGAGGAGCAGACAGCCGUUCCUCUCACGAUGAAAUCUCAAAUCUGUAUCGUCUCACCCACUGGAAAGGGAAUCCUCGCACCCGUGUCAGUGUGCCUGGAACCCGCGGGCCUGGUUAGUGAGCACGGCUCUGUGCUAUUGAACCCUGACCCAGCCCCCCCUGCUGGUGGAGUGAAGGAAGUGUACAAGUGUUAAGAGUCAAUGCAAUGUGAUUGUACCUGUGAUAGAAACCCUGGAUUUCAAAAUGUGACAAUAAAAUAAGAGUCUAAACAUCACAAA